CUGGCUUGCUAUCUAUCUAAAUCCCAUAACCUCAAAACCACCACCAUCACCAUAAUCACCACCAUUGACCAGCAACAACUGCAACAACAUGAAUUCCCCCGCCGCCAACACCCGUUCCCGCACCCGCGCCCGCAAAGAAGCCACCCAGCACCUACUAGCAGCGCGACGCGACCUCCUGACGAGAACGCUACCGGCGGCCGGUCCGCCAGACCUGAGUAUCACCCGGAAACGACGGAUGGUGGCGGGCUUGGAUGGGCGGAUGCGGUACGACGGGUGGGAUUUGAAGGGGGAGAGGAAGGAGAGGGGGAAGGGGGUUAUGGCGCCUAGGGAGGUGCGGAGGGUGAGGAGGAGGAGGAGGGGGAUGGGGGUGGACGGUAGGGGAGAGGGGAUUAAGAGGGGGAUGGGGGUGAGAUUGGGUGGGGAGGGGGAGAGGAAGUGGAUGACGGGGGAGGGGGUGAGGAGGAGGACGAGGGCGAGUCUUUUGUGGAAGGUGCAGAUUGUUGUUGUCGGUGAGGGACGGGGGCCGGUGACGGAGGGGAGGGAGGAGAGGGCGAAGAGGUUGUUGAGGAUGGAGGCGCAGAGCUACCUGAUGGUCGGGUAUAGGAAGGUGGAGUGA